AUGUGGCGCAAAGGCUGGGUGGAUAGGAUCGAGAGCUCGACUGGGCAGGAGCACCGCGUGUCGUUGUGCAACGCGUGCGGUUUGCUUUGGAAACGUGGGUGGUUUUGUGUCCACUGCGAAUGCGUGUACAGAAAAGAUCUGUUGGAAGAAGGGAAGAAGAACAAAGAGGAGGUAAAAGAAGAGGAGAUGUGGAUCGGGUGCGAGUAUUGCGAUAACUUUAGCCAUUUCGAGUGCGAGAGGAAAGCGGAGGAUUCAAAGACGAUCUUGGGGAUGGAUGCGUACGCGUGCCCGGAGUGCAGGAUGAAAGCGGUGUUGGCGUGCGCCGCCGAAGAAGAGGGAGGAGACAAAGGAGAAGAAAAAGAAGACGUCGCGUUGCCGAAAUUUUGCGAUAUAAAGGAUACAGAAACGGCGAAGAAGACGUUGGGGGAACCGCGAAAGACGAAGACGACGAAUAAGGGAGGAGGUAAAAGCACGAAGAAAACAGGGAUGAAGACCGUAGGGAAAAGGUGUAUUCAUCAGAGACCUUUUUUGCGAACGCCGAGAGGCGCGGGGAACGGGAGCAAGAAAGGUGUGGAGAAGAACGUUCUCGGGUUGCUAAAAACCGGCGCGAUUUCGCCGGGGGUGAAGAAAAAUCGGCCGACGAAGAGAGCGAUGACGUUGAGCGCGAGAAAAGGAGACGAAGAAGAAGAAGAAGAAGAAGAAGAAGAAAAGAAGACGCUGACGAAAACGCCGCCGAGAAAGAAAGGAACGAAGAAGAAGGCGGCGCAAAAAGUGUCGAAGAAAGUUUCGACGCCGAAGAAGGCGAAAGAAACGUCUCUGGCGAAGAAGAAACGCGCGAUCGAGCAAAGCCUGGCGGCGCUAGAAACGCCACCGAAAGAAAAGAAAUCGAAAGCAGCAGCCGCGGCAUUAGAAGAGGAGGACGAAUUUCCGAUUGUCGACGAUUUUGACGAUUCCGACGUCUUUUCUAUGUGGUCGAUGAAACCGACGGCGCCUUCCACGAAGACAGCGUUAGCGCUGCAACGAGCGAAACAGUUCUUAGCGGACGAACACAUUCCACUGGAUGCGAUUAAAAAACACGAUUCGAGUCUUUUGGGUGGGCUCGAAGACGUCUUUGGCGACAGAACACUUUUAGCGGCAGACCACGAAGCGGAAGGUUCGAGAGAGAGCGGUACAAAAGCGGCAACUACCGCUGCCGUCGCGACUGUGGAAGCGACCACGGCACCGAUCCCCAUUUUCGAUGAAAUGUUUCCAGCCACCGGAAAUCGUACGCAAGACAAAGUCUUGGCAUCCGCGGAAAUGAUGUUGAAAUCCGCCCGCGAAUGUCUCGAGAAAGCCGUCGACGACCACUGGGCGCUCGUGAAGCAACACAAAGACAACGACGAGAGAAACCAACUGCAAGAUCACAAGUUUCUCUCGAUGAAUACGCGCAAAAACACGCAGAGUCACGCGUUUAAACCAAUCUUAAACGCAAAAAUGGCGUUACAGAAGAUAUCGUCUCUACCAACGUUGAAGAAAAGUUUAGGCUCGUCUUCAAUUAAAGCGAAGAAUGCAAUCGUUGAGCGUUCAAAGAUUAAAGAUACGCUCCGAGAUAUUUUACAAACGUUUGGCAAUGGGCGAGAAAUACUCGAGAAUUUGAGUAAACUCGGAGGUUUUUGGACGACGCUUGCAACAGAAUUCCUUCACGAAAUGAACCAAGCGCAUGUGGCGAGCGCUUCGAUGAUGAUGGCGAGCAUUAAUCCGUCCGAGUCGUUGAGCGUGCAAGGGGGUCCGUUCGCGACGGACGUUAAGAAAUAUGCAGCAGCAGCAGCAGCAGUGAUGAAGGAGGGGGAUAAAGACAAAGAUAUCGUCAACCGCGACGAUGAUAUCACCAUCGUAUCUCCUUUACCUCUUAAAAUUACUUGUCCCGUGUUGAAACGUCCAAAAUUGUACCCCACCGGGGGUGGCGGUUUCAUCUCAAACGGUGCUGGACAAAUGGUGCCUCGAAUGAAAACGACAAGUUCAAAACACGACAGUCUCUUCCCGCCAGUUCCUGAGAUAUUUGACAGCGAAAUGUACGAGGAUGGUACUCAACCGAAAAGUGUCGCGGCACCAGACGCUUCCUGGGGAUCCCCGUUGAGCGAGUAUUUCGAUAUGGUUGUCAACGAAGGCGAACAACCGAACGUGAGCGGCGAAGAUAUUGAUUGA